AUGGCAGCAUCAUCCCACGAGGACGUCUCAGCUCGUGGGUUGGAGCUGGGCCUCCCCGCGGCGUCCUCCUCUGCCAGUCCACUCACCAACAUCAGCUUGGACCGCCACACAGCGCAGCAUGGGCGCAGCACAUCGAGAGACGCGUACGACUACAGCGGCAACGCUCCUCAUGCUGCAAGUGCACCGUACGAACUCGGCUACGCUAGUCCAGAAAGUCAAUUCUCCUCCACCCUUGGCUCAUCGCACUCUGGAGCAUCUACGGACGAUGAUGAGGCUACCGUCAUCUCUUUCAAUCCCAGCCACCAUCACCGGCACAAAUUGAGCAUCAGCACUGUAGACGAAGAGGUGGCGGCCAAACAAAGUGGCGCUUGGUGGGACAACGUCAAACUCGCGUGGUUUGAGGUCAGGCAGAGGCUAGUCGGUAGUACUGCAAGCAAAGCAUACUACUCGCUACCUUCCCAUGAUGCGCCAGGCGGUCAUGCAAAUCACCGGAGAGCGGACUCGAUUCCGGCGCUCAGGCUGCUGCGCUCCGCAGCUUCCAAAGGAAGUCGCUUUUCGCUUUUCAAGAUCAUUGCUCUCGCCAUUGUAGUCUCGCUUAUCGGCGGUACCGUCAUCCACGUUGCGUUCCGAGGGUACCGCUUCGAGGCGGCUUCUGAGCCUUACGGCCUUUCUGGUGUCAAUGGCGCGGGCAAUGCGGCCCUCUCGGAAGCGGAGCGGAACGAUAGGACGUUCGAUGAGGCUCGCUGCCAACGAGAAUUUCCAGCUCUCUACCCUCAGCUGGAAGACUUGAAGGAAGUCUGGAGGAAGCGAGGUGGCAUCAAACAGAAGCAUCUAGACGCUAGCGAGCUUGGCACAGACGAGCGAUGGGGCUACGCCCGUCUCGUCAUCAAGAAUGGGCAAGUCUUCAUUCGCUCCUUUGUGGAAGGCACGGAGACGCGCGUUAGCGCGCUGGUUCACCUCUUCCAUACCGCCAUGCUCUCUGCACCAGCCGACCCAUCCAUGCCCCCGGUCGAUCUGAUCAUGACGCCUGCCGACAAAGACGGCAUCAGCCCGGAAGAUGGGACUUGGGCAGUCACCAAGAGGCUCGACGCGCCACGGCACAAAGGAGUGUGGUUAUUAGUGAGUCAAGGCAUCGCCAGGAUGAGUGUCGCGUGUCGUUGCUGACUCGCAGUCCUGAUAUCCGCUGCACCCUCAGCCCGACUUUGGCUUUGCUGGGUGGCCGGAAGCGGGGGCACCCUCGUACGAAGAAUUUUUUGCUGAAGCGUCACAAGUAGAAAGCAAAUGGCCUUGGGAACGCAAGAUGGACCGGGCAUUUUGGCGCGGAUUCGCCAAUUGGUACCCGACUCGCCGCGAUCUGUUGGCGCGAACCAACAUUACGGCCAAGCCCGACCGCGAGAUUUGGGCGGAUGUCAAACAGACAUCAUUUCACGACGCAGUUGGAGGCGAAUUCGUUCCGAUUGUGGCCCCGGCCGAUCAUUGCCAGCAGAAAUACCUCAUUCAUACGGAAGGCAACAGCUACAGUGGCAGGUCCAAAUUUUUGCUGUCUUGUCGUUCUGUCGUCAUCGCUCAUCCGCUCGAGUGGACCCAGCAUUUCCACCCUGCGUUGGACCCCAAUUCGACCUCGCCCGACCAGAAUUUCAUUCAACUCCCAGGCCCGCAUUUCGAGGGGCUUGAGCAGACAAUGGCCGAGCUGUGGGAGAGUGACGGCAAACCAGUCUCGUGGGACCCCAAGGAUCAGCGACGACAAAAGACGUUGCAGGACAACUCUGCUCGGACUAUUGCCGACAAUCAGUACCGCGUCAUGGCUGGUCGUGAGUGUGGAGUGCCUUGAUCAGUGUGUCUGUCUCGGUCCGACUGACGCCUCCCCCUGACCCUGCUCAUCAAGGCUAUUUGACCCCAGCCGCCACAAUGUGCUACACGCGAAGUGCUCUGAGAGCAUACGCGUUCUCUCAGAACCUUCAGUCAUGGGGCACCGCCGAGGGACCUCAGAUCCGCAAAGGGUCUGGCAUUGUGCCGGGCACCUCAAAAGGCUCCGACUUUGUCAAGGACGGCGCUCAUGGUGACAUUGAGGUUGGAUUGUGGCGCUUGUUGGGGUCGCCGGAAUGGCCUCCUGUGGCGGAAAAGAAGAAGAUCAAGGUUGCACCUUCGUGGAACGUUCCUGCUUGA